AUGGGAGAGGCAAUAUCAUCAACUGUAGUUUCAGGUUGGGCAUGGCUCCCGGGCGACCUUUUGUAUCUGAUAGUAGAGAAGUUGGUACCAAUCACUGACUAUAUCUGGCUUGGUGCAGUUUGCAAGAAUUGGCAAUCAGUAGCUGGUCAUCAGAAGCAUCAACACCUCAAAUCAUGCCACAAGCAGCUUCCAAUGCUGAUGGUUCCCAACAAACACAACCGCCACGAAAGGCGUGGCUUGUAUAGUGUCGCAAAAGGAAAGACUUGCAGCUUUGAGUUGCAUGUGCCUUACAAUAGAAGGCUAUGCGGUUCUACCCAUGGUUGGUUGGCUUGUGUGGAUGAAAUUUUGGAAGUAACCCUUUUAAACCCUUUCACCAAACGUACCAUUCGCCUUCCACCAUUUGCACAAGUCCCUCAACCCAUACACAAACAAGCUUAUAGAAGUGAUCACUGCAUUAAGAAGGUUGUCUUGUCUGCAGACCCUUCUUUGUUUCCAAAUGAUUACGAAGUUGUGGCACUUUUUCGAUAG